CCGUUUUCAUCAAGUCCAUUGAUGCCUCCGCCCAUUGCAAGAAUGCCACCUACCUAUGUGAGUAGAUAGAGGAGGUGAUUGAAGAUGUGGGUGAGGAGAACGUGGUAUAGGUAGUGAUCGACAAUGCAACAAAUUAUGUUGUUGCGGGUAAACUUUUGAUUACAAACUAAUUUUGUUUGCAAAUUAAUUACUAUCUUGUAGUUUGUACCUCCAUUAAUUACAAUUUACAAUGCAACAAAUUAUGUUGCUGCACGUAGACUAUUGAUGGAGAGGCACCCAUCUAUAGUUUGGACUCCAUGUGCUGCUCAUUGCAUUGACCUCAUGUUGGAGGAUAUUGGAAAAAUCCCAUGGGUCAAGAGAUGUGUAGAAAGGGCAAGAAAUGUCUGCAAAUUUGUAUAUGAUCAUUCAUGGGUGUUGGCUCUUAUGAGACAAUACACAGAGCAGAAGGAGUUAGCUCGUCCAGGAAUCACAAGAUUUGCCACAAACUUCCUCACAUUGCAGUCCAUGCUUAGGUCUAAGUCUGCCUUGAGACGUAUGAUUGUUGGUGAGGAGUGGUCUUCCUCAUCCUAUGCUACCACCCCUGCAGGGAUAGAGAUGGCAGACUGCAUUUUUGAUGAGCAAGGCUUUUGGGUCCCUUGUGAUGAGAUAGUGAAGUUUGUUAAGCCCUUGGUGGUUUUGUUGCGAGUUGCAGAUGGAGAUAAGCCCGCAAUGGGCUAUAUAUAUGAGGGCAUGGAUAGGGCGAAGGAGGCCAUCAGAUUCGUCUAUGGAGCAGAUGAGAGCAAGUAUGGUCCCAUUUGGGAGAUCAUUGAUAGGAGAUGGCAUCAUCAACUUCAUAGGCCCAUCCAUGUGGCAGCCUAUUAUCUGAAUCCGGCAUUCCGUUUUAUCCCUUCUUUCAAGGCUGAUGUGGAGGUCCUUAAUGGGCUAUAUGCAAUCAUGGAGAAGAUGGGACAUGCUGGUACUUCUCAGAUAGACCUUUUUCGAGAGCUACAGAUGUUCUCAGAUGCACAAGGGGAGACCUCUCGUCCUGUCGCCAAAGACGGUAGGACAACUAUGAUGCCAGAUCAUUGGUGGAACUUUUUUGGCCCAGAGACACCAAAUAUUUAGAAGUUGGCCAUUCGCAUCUUGAGCCAACCAUGCAGCGCAUUAGGUUGUGAGUGCAACUGGAGUAUGUUUGAGCACAUACACUCCAAGAGGCGCAAUAGAUUAUUUGUGGAGAAGAUGAAUGAUCUCGUCUUUGUUCACUACAACCUCCGCCUGAGAAUGAGAAAGAAUGCAACAGUUGACAUGUCUCCUAUCAUUCUAGAUGAGGUUGAUCUUGAAGCAAAGUGGGCCAAUGAGAAUCAGACAGCUCCUGGGACUCCUAUAGCUGUAUUUAGUGAUGAUGACAUUGAUUGGAUUGACCAGGUAGAUAUAGAGGCUGAGGCUGUAGCCAUGGCAAAGGAGGAGCAAAGAGCAUGAGCAGAGACAGGAAAUACUGAGACUCAGAGUGACACAGUUGUUCCUGAUGUUGGCGAGCAUGACACAACUGUUCCUGAUGUUGGUGAGCAUGGCAUGGUGUCACGGGGAGCGACUAUGGCUGCUGAAUCAUCUAGGACCUACUUUAAACGCCUUCGCAGGGGGCCAGGGCGAGAGGGUUCAGUUGCACGGGCCUCUGAGCCAUAGGCUUGUACACUUGUAGUUGUAUUUAGCAUUUACUAUUUACCUUUGGUAUUUGUAUGAAACAUUUGAUGAUGAUCAUAUGAUGACAUGGAUUUUUUAUUCCAUGAGUUUUGUAAUAUUGUAUACAUUUGACAAUAUUUAUAUA